GCCUGUGUGCGUGUGUGUUUUGAGGAACGCCCAGCGUCCACGUAAAGAGGAAGGGCUACGAGUCUUUCCAAAAUGGCGACGACCAUAGAGAGUAGCAAUGCUGGAGCGGCGAGCAAGAAAAAACACCUCGGAAUCCCCGAAGCGAUAUUUGUGGAGGAUGUGGAUUCCUUUAUGAAGCAGCCUGGCAAUGACACAGCAGAUGCUGUACUGAGGAAACUCGAUGAACAGUAUCAGAAGUAUAAAUACAUGGAACUCAACCUGGCUCAGAAGAAACUGAGGUUGAAAAGUCAGAUCCCACAAAUCAAGCAAACAUUAGAAAUCUUACGGCACAUGCAGAAGAAAAAGGACACUACAGAUCCAAUGGAGACACACUUCCUCUUGGCUGAUAAUGUGUACUGUAAGGCCUCUGUCCCACCCACAGAUAAAGUGUGUUUGUGGCUUGGGGCAAACGUAAUGUUGGAGUAUGAUAUAGAUGAAGCUCAGUCGCUUUUGGAGAAGAACCUCGCCACAGCCUCCCGGAACUUGGAGUCCCUAGAAGAGGACCUGGAUUUCCUUCGAGACCAGUUCACAACCACUGAAGUCAAUAUGGCGCGUGUCUAUAACUGGGACGUCAAGAGGAGGAGCAAAGACAACCUCCUUAAAUCAGCUGAGAGGUCUUAGAAGAGGGGCAUUGUUUGGCCCUGUCCCCCAACAUCCCAAAUUUCUCCCCUGUUAGUAAAACCACCCCAUGUGUCUACCUGCCUCCACACUGUUAUCUAUUGAUUUGUUACUUUUUAAAGUAUUUUUUCAAGUAAAAAGGAAAAAGAAAUCAAACAAAAGUCACAGCGGCGGUUUUCUUUUGUAUUCUAUUUAGUAUAAUUAAUAAUAGUUUUUGCUUCACACAAUAUUUUACCAGGUUUUUCCACUGUCCUCUGAUUUUCACUGAUGUUUGGCUGGUAAGAGCUACUGUUCACGAUGCUGAGUAUUCACAGAGCUCUUUGUGGGAGUCGCGUACUGCUCGUUGAAAUAUCUGGACGAUUCAGUAUGUGAGGAGAGGAUGAACGCUGAGGGCGAGUGUUUUGAAGGGACUUUGUUCAUUGGUCGACCUUCCAGUCUAUCCUAACUCCUUCCCCUCGCUCCUUGUCUUUCUCCUUCUCUCUCACUCCCUCUUUCUCUGCAGCUCUCACCUCCUCUGAAGCCUGCUGUUUUUCCUGGACUUUGUUUUUUUUUCCUACUGUCUCUCAUCUGUAUUUAUUUGUCACAUUGAAUCCAUUAAAUACUGAAUGAGCAACUCAAUGAAGCUUUUGAGGAAAGACACAAAAUGAAUAAGACAGUCUGUUUUUCUGUUAUUAUAAUACUGAAGGAGGGUUAUGAUGGAAUCGGGUGGCUUUUCAAGGUAGUAAUUAUAACUUUCAUGCAGCUUCCUCUAGCACAAUACAGGUGGUGCUAGGGCUCGGUAUUGUGAUUUGUUUUUUUUGUUUUUUUUUGAUACUCAUACCUUGACUCCAAUACCAAUUUCUGACUAUUUUUUAAGAGUACUUUGUUUUAAUUAUAGUCUGUCUAGUCAAGAAGCACUUACCUUAAUGGCUUUUAUGCAAUGUGUAGUUUAGACAACCACUCAGUACACUUGAGUGUUAUUAGCUCACAAAUACAUAUUAGACUGACUAAUUGGGCAUGAAAUGACAUGAGUAUUAGAGUAAUUCAAAGUGAGGAUACUCGUUAUCAGAAUGGUAUCAGUAUACUUGGAGGAAAUACUUGUGUUUCAUUCAUUUUUAUUUACAACUAUUAUUAAAAAAUGGCAAAUGUG